AUGUCACGGAAAUUUGCCGAGGAAUCGAAGAUGCGUUUGUCAUCUGGUCACUAUUUCAAGCGAGCAGCGGAAGGACAGUCAUUCGAUAGGCCGAACUUGUUGAUAAAAUCGUUGCAAGAGAGGAAUGAGUUCAUUCCUUCUCCUGAGCGAAGAGGAUUCCUUAGACUGCUUUCAACAAGCACGAGUGGAGAGAAUAGCAGAGUGGUUGGAAUUAUUGCGAUGUCCUCAUCGUGUAUUCAUAUGCCUAGUGCACCUGGUGAGAAGAAAAGGUUACGAAGUUGGUAUGCUGUGAUUGCCGAUAAAUGCGCGUUUCCCAGAACCGAUAGCUAUGCUGUUACAGCGGUAACAAUGGGAGCAACACGUUGUUCAGAAUGCCCUCCCGAGAAACGUAUGUCUCGACUUCCUUUACAAAUGUGUUGCUCACGAUGCAGUUCUUUUCUCUGUUUGAUGCAUAUGAAGAAACAUCUUCGAGAAAAUCGGCACGAAUUCGCUAUGUCUAUUGAAACCGGUUUUGUGUACUGUGACUUGGUGUGUCCGAUGUGUCGUUUUGAGGGGCGUAUAAUCGUGUGCUGGAGAACAAGAUUGGGCCUCUGCAAGUUAGUGUCAUGGAAUCCGACUGAUGCUGAUAUUAAAGCAUGGGACAUGAUGACUCGAGUGGGACAUCAUGCACAACUGCGAGGUCUUUUGAAUAUGGGUUCGACAUGCUACAUGAACAGCGUACUUCAAGCCCUUGUCCACACCCCAGUGUUGAGAGACUAUUUCCUGUCCGACCAGCAUUGCUGCCAGCGACCUCCCGGCACGUGUUUGAUGUGUACGAUGCAUCAAUUAAUGCAGGUUCUGCGCCAGAGAGGAUUUGGACCGAAACUGCGAGAGAUGUGGAUGCAUGCGAGCGACACGCCGAAUGAGUUUCAAAAUUUUUCGUCAGCAAAGCGGAUUGUAUAG